CAACACUCGUAACAAUAUUACUUUAAAACGUGACGGUUGGCCCCAGGUGGUAUAAUUAUUCAAGUGCGCGGGAAAAUGAUUAUCAACGACCACGUGCUUUACUUCACUGCUUAGGUAUAUUCUAAGACGUUAUAAGUGGUAUAUUUGUAUUAAUUGGAGGAAAAAUACCGGAUUCCCACAUUAAGGGAAUUUGAAGUACUAUUGAAUCAUUAGCCGUCGAAAUUGCCUGUAUUUGUUGCACUCGAGAGCUUGACUGUAAUAAUGGCCAGUUUAUUUGCUAUCGUCAUCCUCUGCCUGGCUGCGAGCGCAGCUUCACAGCCCACCCGACAAGUUACAACUAAUUUCACAUAUCCAUUCAACUUCGUAUCUCGAGAGCAAUGGGGUGCGCGACCACCAGCGUCCACAUACAGUCAGUUGAGCAGCCCGGUGCCAUACGUGGUCGUCCACCAUACGUACAUCCCGCCUGCCUGCGCCACCACAGACGUCUGCAAGCGGUACAUGCGCAGCAUGCAGACUACGCAUCAAGUCACCAAUGGCUGGCAGGAUAUUGGAUACAAUUUCGCAGUGGGCGGCGAUGGGUCAGUAUACGAGGGUCGCGGCUGGGAGGCGGUCGGCGCACACGCAGUCGGAUACAACGUGCAGAGUAUCGGCGUCGUUAUGAUCGGGGACUUUGUUUCUAAUCUUCCACCAGCGAACAUGCUGCAGACCCUCAAGGACUUCAUAGCAGCUGGCGUGAACCUCGGCUACAUCAGCCCCAACUACAGGCUGAUCGGCCAUCGCCAGGUCUCAGCGACGGAGUGCCCAGGCAAAGCGCUAUACAACGAAAUCUCGACGUGGCCACAUUUUGUCCAGAACCUAUGAGUGCUGGAGAACGAGUGAAACCACCCUGUAAAUAUUCUUAGCACAUAAUGUAGUUACGACAUUACGACGACCCUCUUAUUAAUUUAAAUAUUUUGUAAAUAGAUUUGUAAAUAUUUAUUGAACCAA